UUUGUGCAAAGGUUCUCUUCUGACUGUUCUAUAACUUUGUUCCCAACCCAUGUCCUCUGUAAUUCAUUCAGCUCCAUGGAUUCUGACAAUGCUGCUUGUUCUUAUGAAUUUUUAUCUGUCUCCUAAAUAUGCAUGACUUGUACAUUUACACGUGUUUGGACAUGUGUGCAUGGCUUCGUACUGGUUUUGUUUUGUCUGUGUUACAAUUUGGAGGGCUGAAUGGUGGGCAUCAGUGUUUGUCUGGAGCAGGCUGGAAUCCAUUAUCCACUCAAACGUCAGUGUUUCACUGUGGGAACCGUAUUGAUCUCUAGCUCUAUAAUUAUUCUACUUACACACCAUCUAACACACAUUGUCCUUCUUCUCUAUCUCUUGCUCUCUCUCUCGUGCAUGCGCACACACACACACACACACACACACACACACACACACAGACACACACAGUCUUCCUCUGUGUAGCUCUUUGCUCUCAGUCUAGCUUCAUUCCCCUCUCCUUUUUUCUUCUUUAAUUGCCUCUUUUUUCCCCACUCUCUUAUCUCGCUUCUAUUCUCCUCCACGCAUGCCCGAUCCUCCCUCCUACUCCAGCGCCUUUGUCCGUCUCUCUUUUACGACUUCUCAUCAUGACCCUCAGACUGUCUGUCUGAGUCCCUGCAGGCCAGGAAGAUUCAGCCAUUGAUUUUUUUUCUCCUCUCUUCUAUUUCAAAUCCACCAGAGUCUCCACCUGUCUUCCAGUCACAACCUCUCAGGAGUCAAGGCUGCUGUCAGUUAGUCAUCACCAGAACAACUUCCAGUUUUACUAUCAGAACUGAUUAUGUAAAAAGCAUCACAUGUUCAAAUUGGAGAAAGUAGCAGACGUUCGCAAUGUAGAACACGGUAGAAUUAUAUACAAGACGCAACGAGGCAUUAUAGGGGCUUUGUAAAAUGCGACUGCACUGAGUACAAAUAGUGGGACCAAAUUUCAGGCCAUAAUAAUCCAACAGAACAACAUGGAGUUAUCUGAAUUAGUAGUUAUAGAUAACUCUACAGUACUGUACACACUUUACACUAGUAACAGAACGAUAGAAUGAAAAAUAUUCACACCAUGAUUAUUUUACAUUUCAAGUGCUUAGUCAAAUAGACUGUAAUAUAAUCAUAAUGAUUACAUCGGCGGCGGCUAUAACAUAACUCCGCUUCAGCCGAUCGGACGGCGUCCGUGGCAUCGAAAGGCUUACACUUUGAGCUACAUCCUGCCAUCUAUGUAUCUCUUCAAACAGAUGAUGUUGUGAGUGGGCCGUUUGCAAUAUGACUUAAAAUUACAGCAGCAUUUCCUACAAAUCAUUUUGCUUUGAUGAUCUGUGGUUUCAAGAUUUAGUCAUCUGGUUAAAUGAAAGAAACCCCAGGUAUAUCUGGGCCAAAGACUGACAUAUGAAACGGCGUCUGGGGUUUUCCGUGGCUGCUCCUUUAACAAGCACUUUUUGAAUGUACAACUGGUUGAAAAUCAGUCACUUAUUUAAUUGGUAUUAUUAGCGUAGAUCUUACUAUUCAAUUGAAUCAUCUUAAUGGUUUUGUUCAUACGAUGAAACCAGGUCAUGUUCUUUCUUUUCCUCCAUUCUCGAGCAGUCCGGUUUCAGUGCUCACUGUAGCCUCUGACAGCUGAUCUUGGCUGAAAGGAUAAGAACUCAAUGUGGUCUUUCGCUGUUGUAACCCUUCCACUUCAAGGUGUAAUGCGUUCAUCCAUGCGUUUCUCCUUACCGCAGUUGUAAAGACUGGUUAAGGUUAUUUGAAUUACCAUAACUUUCCUCUUGGAUUACACCAUUCUUCUCUGACCUAGGUCAACAACAAGGCUUAGUUUUUCUGCCCACAGAAGUGCUGCUCACUAGUUUUCUGAAGUCACUCAGAUCACAUUCUCCCCAUUCUGGACUAUGAUGUAAACAUUACCUGAAGCGUUUGAGCUGUAUCUGCAGGAUUUAUUGCUCUGAGCUGCUGCCACAUGAAUGGCUGAUUUAGAUCAUCGCAUGACUGUGCAGGGCUUCAGAUGUUCCUUAUAAAGUGGCCAGUGAGCACAUUAUGGUUACAGCACUAUAUUGUCACACUUCCCAUCCCUAAUGAGAUCUGUUCAUACUUUAGAAAUAAGAAAUACGGUUGGAAAAAGACCGACCGAUUCCGACUGGUCGGGAAAAAGUCUGGCACGUAGAUGCUGCCUGUUGUCUAAGUAACAAACCCACAUCGUAUUUUCUGAUCGCAUGUGUGAUGUGAGUAGAAACGCAAAACAAAGUACUGGACGUAGUGGGACGUGAGGUAUGGCGUGAUGUCCUUGGCUCGCAGAUUGCUGUAAGUGGAUGGUUGCUUGGCAGUGCUGCUAUCCAUGGAAGAGUAAUGAGAGGAUUGAGCAGUCGGAGCCACCUGUUAGUGUUUAUACAUAGUCACAUGACCAAAUGGUCCCAAGGUCGCCAUAACAGCUGUAGCGUGUGUGUGUGUGUGUGCGCGUGUGUUUUCCACUCACAAUGAGGACUGUGUGAUCUGUGUAAGAAGAAAAAACAUUUAUUUGUACUCUGUGUAAAUGUGUUUCAGGACUCAAGUGGUUUCACAGGAAGCUCGGGGAGCGCCCUCAACCACAGCGCCUGACAAGAGAAGCGAUGAGAAACUAUCUGAAGGAGCGAGGAGACCAAACUGUUCUGAUCCUCCAUGCUAAAGUUGCACAGAAAUCCUAUGGCAAUGAAAAAAGGUUCUUUUGUCCUCCUCCGUGUGUGUAUCUAAUGGGCUGCGGCUGGAAGAAAAAGAGGGAACAGAUGGAAAGAGACGGCUGCUCGGAGCAGGAGUCUCAGCCAUGCGCCUUCAUCGGCAUUGGGAAUAGUGACCAGGAGAUGCAGCAACUCAACCUGGAGGGGAAGAAUUACUGCACAGCCAAAACGUUGUACAUCUCAGACUCAGACAAGCGCAAGCACUUCAUGUUGUCCGUACGCAUGCUGUACGGCAACAGCGCCAACAUCGGCGUCUUCCUCAGCAAGCGCAUCAAGGUCAUCUCUAAGCCUUCCAAAAAGAAGCAGUCGCUCAAGAAUGCUGACUUGUGCAUAGCGUCUGGAACAAAAGUGGCUCUGUUUAACAGACUGCGGUCUCAGACAGUCAGUACACGCUACCUCCAUGUGGAGGGUGGGAACUUUCAUGCCAGCUCACAACAGUGGGGAGCCUUCUAUAUUCACCUCUUGGAUGAUGAUGAAUCCGAGGGAGAGGAAUUCACCGUGCGUGAUGGUUACAUUCACUACGGCCAAACUGUCAAACUUGUCUGCUCUGUCACAGGAAUGGCCCUGCCACGACUGAUCAUCCGUAAGGUGGAUAAGCAGACGGCCUUGUUGGACGCAGAUGAUCCCGUGUCUCAGCUACAUAAGUGUGCCUUCUACCUAAAGGAUACAGAGAGGAUGUACCUGUGCCUUUCCCAAGAGAGGAUCAUCCAGUUUCAAGCCACUCCAUGCCCAAAAGAACCAAAUAAAGAGAUGAUCAAUGACGGUGCCUCUUGGACAAUCAUCAGCACAGAUAAAGCAGAAUACACCUUCUAUGAGGGAAUGGGUCCAGUACACUCAUCUGUCACCCCUGUGCCUGUGGUUGAAAGCUUACAGCUGAACGGCGGAGGAGACGUUGCCAUGCUGGAGCUAACAGGACAGAACUUUGCUCCAAACCUGCGUGUGUGGUUCGGGGAAGUGGAAGCAGAGACGAUGUACAGGUGUGGAGAAAGCAUGCUGUGUGUCGUACCGGACAUUUCAGCGUUCCGCGAGGGUUGGCGGUGGGUGAGACAGCCAGUCCAGGUUCCUGUAACGCUGGUGAGGAACGACGGCAUCAUCUACUCCACCACACUGACGUUCACGUACACACCCGAGCCAGGCCCGAGGCCUCACUGCAGCGCUGCCGGAGCCAUCCUGCGCUCCGCUAAUAACACCCCCAACACUGACACACCAAAUUCAGUCACGGCGAACUCCUCCAACGCCACAGCCGCCGUGGUCUCGUAACACACGUGGUAGCUCUCAAGAACUUGUGGGUGGGGGAAAGAAAAAAAAACAAAAAACUACAGGUACAUUUCAACAAAGUGCUGCAUAUCGAUUUCAAAACUGAACAAUGUAUUUGAGCAACGUAAACACAAAGACGAGGAAUAUGGAGAGUAACGAUGAACCGAGGGGCAAGAAAUGGCAUAAGGAGGCGACGAGAUGAGACGUCUGGCGCUCGCUGAUGGACAUGGCCGAGACAGCCGUGAACGCCUGCACCUUUCGACAAGCAGAGGGCGAGAACAUCUGACCUUAGUAAUGAGGCAUUUAAGCAAGAAGUCUCUUCUCCAACUUUUAUUUGAGUCCCCUCUUUCUGCCCCCAACACUUUCCUGAAUUGUGUUUGUGUGAAGGAGUAAAAUGGCUAAAAUCACCUGUGGCUCGCUCUGGACUUAUGAGACGAGGGUCACGUUAAAUUUGUAAAUGAAAUGUAGUUUUUAUGGACCAAGGUUAUUGAAUAAGCUUUAGUAAAGGUACAUUUUCCUCCAUACAUUUUUUUGUAUCUAAACACAUAGUAUGCUUUUGUUACCAAAUAGAUUCUGUUUCUACUCUGA